AUGGGCCUGGCUGCUCCUCCCGCCAGCAGCGCCAAGUUCUUCGUGGGCGGCAACUGGAAGUGCAACGGCACCCACGCCAGCGUGGAGAAGCUCGUGGCCGACCUCAACGCCGGCGAGGUGCCCUCGGACAUCGACAUCGUCGUCGCGCCGCCCUUCAUCUACAUCGACUGGGUCCGCGCCAACAUCAAAAGCGCCUACGAGGUCGCGGCCCAGAACUGCUGGACCAAGCCCGACGGCGCGUUCACGGGCGAGAUCAGCGCGGAGAUGAUCAAGGACGCGAUGGUCCCCUGGGUCAUCACGGGCCACUCGGAGCGCCGCCUGCUGCUGGGGGAGUCCAACCGCACCGUCGGCCUCAAGACGGGCCACGCCCUGGAGGUCGGCCUGUCGGUGAUUGCCUGCAUCGGGGAGACCCUGGAGCAGCGCAACAGCGGCCACCUCUACGACACGAUCGACAUCCAGCUGCAGGCGCUCUUCGAGAACGUGCAGGACUGGGGCAGGGUCGUGCUCGCGUACGAGCCCGUGUGGGCGAUCGGCACCGGCGUCGUCGCGUCGCCGGCGCAGGCGCAGGAGGUGCACGCGUACGUGCGCAAGGUGCUGACUGACCGCCUGGGCAAGUCGCGCGCGGAGAGCAUCCGCAUCAUCUACGGCGGCAGCGUGACGGACGCCAACUGCGGGGAGCUGGCCACCCAGGAGGACAUCGAUGGGUUCCUUGUGGGCGGCGCGUCGCUCAAGGCGCCGUCGUUCAUCAACAUCUGCAACGCGCGUGGCGCUGCCGCGGCCGCCGCCAACUGA